GGGGUCCUGGCUCCGUACAAGUCUGCCCUAUUUCAGUCUCCUAUUAUCCAUCUGUAACGCUGCAGGGUUGGGGGGCUCACCCCGGGGCGGCCUGGAGCCCGCGCACGGAUCCCCGAGUGCUAAGAGAUCCCCGGGAGCGGGGGCCGGGCCGGGGAAGCUCGCAGCACUCACCUAUCGUGGGGUUCAAGUACGGCUCAAACGUGUCAUCGGUGAAUCUCAGCAAGAGACUGCGGGGAAAGGAGAGACAGGGCUCAGCCCCGCGCUCGUGGGGGGAGAGAAGCAAGGCCCUGCCUAGAGCUGCGGAGCAGAGUGGGGGCUGCAGGGAGUGGCCAUGUCCGACUAUCAGAUCUCAGUGGAGGAGCUGAACGACCUGCUGGCUAACGGGAGCGGCUGCUACAGCCUCCCCAGCGCGCACAGCAACGAGGUGGCCCCCCGCAUCCACGUGGGGAACGCGUUCAUAGCCAAGAAUAUCAUGAGGUUGCAGCGCCUCGGCAUAACCCACGUCCUGAAUGCAGCAGAGGGAAAAUCCUUCAUGCAUGUGAACACUAAUGCAGAGUUCUACGAAGGCACAGGCAUCACCUACCAUGGCAUUAAAGCUAAUGACACCCAAGAAUUUAACCUCAGUCGCUAUUUUGAGGAGGCAGCUGACUUUAUUGACAGUGCGCUGUCCCAGAAGGAUGGACGGGUGUUUGUGCACUGCCGCGAAGGCUACAGCCGCUCCCCGACACUGGUCAUUGCUUAUCUGAUGCUUCGCCAGAACAUGAAUGUCAAGUCCGCAGUGAGCGCUGUCCGGCAGAAGCGGGAGAUUGGGCCCAAUGAUGGCUUCCUGAAGCAGCUCUGCCAACUCAAUGAGAGAUUAGUGAAGGAGGGCAAACUGAAGCCCUAAACCGAGGAGCUGCAUUUUCUCAGAGGGGCUCUCCGGACUGUCAAAGGGUGCACGUUAGGUGCUUUAGAUACCCAAAUUUAAACUGCUAGGCUAGGUCAUGCGGUGUGAUGGAGGCAGAGUCCCUUCUUGUCUAGUGAGAGUAUCUUCCCACAUGUCUGGGUCUGUCCUUUAAAACAGCACAAAGCUCCAUCACUCCUAGGAGUUGUUGCACUAAAGGAAGCUCUUUAGAGGGAUAAUUCCAACACCGUAUCCGCUGUCAUCACGUGUUUGUUUCAGAGCCCACUGGAGGUCCCAUGACAUACGUGCUUUGCAUUGACUUUGGAUGUCAUUUAUUUAAGCUUCAUGUUCUUGAAUCCCAUCAGUGCAGCUCAGCCGCCUGGGUGCCCAAGAGCAGAAACGCACCUCCCUUCACUUGCUUUUAAUUGAAGUACUGUAUUUUUAAAAGUGUAUCUCACACACUCACAGGUGCCUAAAGUCUAAGUGUAGGAGCUUGCAAAGAUAGAGAAGUAUAUAUGCAAAUACACAGAUGCACUCACCCCUAUUAGUGUGUAUAGCUUUGUGUGUGGUAUGGAUAUAUACAAUACAAUAUACAUACAGGGCUUGAGUGUGGCAGUAAAGCCAUCCAGAGUCUGAUGUUAAUACAAGUACCCUUGUAAAUAGAGUUUGUGUUUCUGUUGUUUGUGUUUAUUAUUAAGUAGAAACAAAUAUGCUGUAUUUUUUCAUCUUAAAAUUCAGAGGGAAAAGUAAAAUAUAGAGAGCCAGUAUGAAAGGAAAGAAUUGAAAGUGAGGAGCAGAGAAGGGGAGUGCUUAGGUAUGUUGAUACUUGGUGUGGUAUAAGAACCUGAACAGAAGACACACACCAUGUGAACUAGCUGCUCAUGAGGGAUUUUAGUGAAUUUCAGGUUCUUUUUUCUUUAACCUCACUAUUAUUUAUAUUGACCCUGGAAAGCUUGAACCUGAAAUCUUUCUCCUCACUGAAAUCUUUUCCCUUCAAGAAGCACACACACUGAUUGCUUAUUGUAAGAUGCCCAUUGUAAGGGACAGCACAUUCUGGCUUGAAAUAGGAUUGCACUGUUUAUGUUUAAACAGAAAUGAGACCCUGUUGUCCAUCACAUGGGCGUGGCAAACAUUUACUUCCAAGUGGUUGAUAUCUUUGGCCUCUCUUAGACGCUGCCCCAUUGAGUCACUGCAGUAUCUGGAGUGGGAGCUGCUUCGUUUACAGAUUGUAUGUUGGCUGAGUGUGCAAACAUAACUUUAAAAGCUAGCAAAGUGCUGUACAUGUGCUCAGGGCCUCCCCGGUGCACCCCCAGAGUUGUUGGUAAUGCUAUCAGAACCCUGCAUAUACUUGUUCAGUUUUUCUGUGUGAUUUUAUGUAUUUAAAGGAUAACAUUUUAACAAGAAAAGCUCUUGUAUUAUUGAUGCA